AUGGACGGUGUUGAUCUUACAAAGGCUGUUUUGAACAAGGGCAAACAAAUGGCUUCUGUUGCUGCCUCUGCUGCCAAUGGCAAUGGUGGCAAGAAGAGGAGAAAGGGGACUGAUCUCAAACCCAUCGUCACUAAUGAUGCAAAUCCCGCCGCUGAUGCCAGUGGCGCGGCGCCCGCAAACCCCAAAACCACCGCCGCUGCGUCGCGAUCACCAUCUCUCUCAUCCGGUGAUGAAGUCGAAACUACUGCUGAAGAAGAAGAUUCGGAAGACUACUGUAAGGGCGGUUAUCAUCCGGUGUCUGUCGGCGAAACAUACAACAAUGGGCGCUACGUGGUGGUGCGCAAAUUGGGUUGGGGUCACUUCUCGACUGUGUGGUUGUCAAAGGACACUACCACUGGCAAGCACGUUGCGCUGAAGGUUGUGCGCUCCGCUGCUCAUUAUACUGAGACCGCGAUCGACGAAAUCAAGCUCCUCAAUCGUAUCGUCCAAGCGAAACCCUCCCACCCUGGCCGCAAGCAUGUUGUGAGUCUGCUGGACUCUUUCGAACAUAAAGGACCCAAUGGUGUUCAUGUAUGUAUGGUUUUCGAGGUGUUGGGUGAGAACUUGCUGGGUCUGAUUAAGCGCUGGAACCACCGAGGUAUUCCCAUGCCUCUUGUGAAGCAGAUCACCAAGCAAGUGCUGCUCGGAUUGGAUUAUCUCCACCGGGAGUGCGGCAUCAUCCAUACCGAUCUGAAGCCAGAGAACGUGUUGAUUGAGAUUGGCGAUGUAGAGAAGAUCGUCGAGGCGCAUGUGGCGCAGGAAGAGGCCAAGAAAGAGAAUAAGGAAGAUAACCGCAACGGGCGCCGACGGAGGCGCACUUUGAUCACAGGCAGUCAACCCUUGCCUAGCCCGUUGAACACUAGCUUCAGCAGCUUCGACUUCAAGCACAGCUCUUCCAACUCACACAGUAGCCUCAGCCAGAUGGUGAAUGAGCCGACACCGGAGCACCCAUCUAUGAAGGAGGCGCUCGGCGUUAAGGAGGACGAUGAUAAGCAGAAGCAGCGAGAGAAGACAGCUGAUCUCCUGGAGAGAGAGGUGUCCGGUAUCUCCCUGGAUAAGAGCUCGUCAACCAAAUCACUUGAGGAGGAGAUCGAUGCCAGUAUUAUCUCGGUCAAGAUUGCCGAUCUGGGCAACGCGUGUUGGGUGGGCCACCACUUCACCAACGACAUUCAGACACGGCAAUACCGGUCUCCGGAGGUGAUCUUAGGCGCAAAGUGGGGCGCGAGUACUGAUGUGUGGAGUAUGGCAUGCAUGACCUUCGAACUUAUCACUGGUGACUACCUUUUCGACCCACAAUCUGGAACCAAGUACGGUAAAGACGACGACCACAUCGCUCAGAUUAUCGAAUUACUUGGUCCAUUCCCAAAGUCCAUGUGCUUAAACGGCAAAUGGUCCCAAGAUAUCUUCAACCGCAAGGGUGAGCUGCGCAAUAUCCACCGACUCCGCCACUGGGCCCUCCCCGAAGUGCUUCGCGAGAAGUACCACUAUACAGUAGAGGAGAGCAUGCGUACCAGUGAAUUCCUAUUACCGAUGCUGGAUCUUGUACCCGAGAAGCGCGCCAAUGCCGGUGGCAUGGCCUCACAUGAGUGGUUGCAGGAUACGCUCGGUAUGAAUGGGAUCGAUCUGGGCAUUGCACCAGGCACUCGGGGCGAAGGAAUUGAAGGCUGGGCAGUAGAAAUCAAACGGCGAUAA